CGCGGGGCAGCCGGCAUGGAGCUCCCUGAGGCGAGGCAGAGUGGCGCGCGCGCGGCAGUCCCGCGUUCAGGGCAGCGCAGACAGCUUCCAGCCAGAGCUUCUUCCUGAUGUUGAGCUUGCCUGCCGAGCUCGGCAGCAACAACUUAGAACUGGCGGCGGAGCCGGAAGAGCGGGCGACAGCAGUGGCUGGAGGAGACUCGGCAGCCCACCGGGAGGCGACUCCUGAGGGCUCCGACGCUCCCCCGACUCCAGAGCUGGAGCAAACACAGCCUCCUCCAGGGACCUCCGUGCCGCCGCCAGAGUGCAAAGUCCUGCUCACACAGGCGGAUGCCCUGGCGUCCGGGGGGCGCCUUCGGGAAGCCCUUGAGGUGUACCGGCAGCUCUCUGAGAGGCAGCAGCUCGUAGCUGAGCAGCUGGAGCAGCUGGUGCGCUGCCUGGCGGAGAGCGUCCCGCAAAAGGCGCCAGAUGCUUCAGCCCAGAGCGGCACUUCAAGCUGCUGCAAGGCGGCUGUGGAAGAGGCUGGGGAGGCUGCCGCCGGAGUCCCAGAGGUAUGGGAUGGCUUUAAGUGUCGCAAAUGUCACGGAUUUCUCUCAGACCCCGUGUCCUUGUGGUGCGGCCACACUUUUUGUAAGCUGUGCCUAGAACGUGGGCGGGCCGCCGAUCGCCGCUGUGCCCUGUGCGGGGUCAAGCUCUCCACCCUCAUGGUGGUCAGCGGGAGGGCACGAGAGCCACGACGGGCUGGGCAGCCCGUACCACUGCAACUGCGAGUCAACGUGGUCCUCAGCGGCCUUCUGGGCAAGUUGUUCCCGGGCCCGGCACGGGCAUCACAACUCCGGCACGAGGGCAACCGGCUGUACCGCGAGCGGCAGGUGGAGGCGGCUCUUCUCAAGUACAACGAGGCAGUUCGUCUGGCUCCAAAUGACCAUUUGCUUUACAGCAAUCGGUCCCAAAUUUAUUUCACCUUGGAAUCUCAUGAGGAUGCACUGCAUGAUGCAGAAAUAGCAUGUAAACUCCGGCCAAUGGGUUUUAAGGCACACUUCAGAAAAGCACAAGCUUUAGCCACCCUAGGCAAGGUGGAGGAAGCGCUCAGAGAAUUUCUCUACUGUGUAUCCCUUGAUGGAAAGAACAAGAGAGCCAGAACUGAAGCUCAAAGGCUUCUCUUUAGUUUCUUUUCACCAUCAGUCCCGGGGGAUUCUCAGGAACAUUCUCCCGAUAUCCUGAAGCUGUUGGCACCUCACCCUAGAUUAAAGGAACACGUAGAGUCAAUGGCUACUGAAGGCACCAGCCAUAAUCUACCAAAGUUGUCACAGGAAACUCCAGAGCUUCCGCAUUGUUCUAGUCAGGAGGAAGCAUCAGCUGGGGAAGACAGCAGCAGCCAAGAGAACUCAGCUCAGGUAAAGGUGGGUAGUCAAGAAGACAGUGACAAAGAUGAAGAAGGAGAGAAGCAGGAUGCUGCAUCCAUCAAGGCCGGCAAAUGCCAGGAAAAGAAAAGGAAUCAUUGUGAAACUGAAGCCCAAGAAGACAUGGGAUUGCCUAAUAAAGUCUCCAGACAAGAUCUUUCUGAUAAUAAGGUGGCCAAACCAGAUCUCAAUAUUCCAGUUGCUUCGUUUGAUGCGUCUGACCUUGAAUGCUCACUGUGUAUGAGAUUGUUCUAUGAGCCAGUCACAACACCUUGUGGGCACACCUUUUGCUUGAAAUGUCUUGAGAGAUGUCUAGAUCAUAAUGCAAAGUGUCCACUGUGCAAAGACGUUCUUUUACAGUGCUUGCCAUCAAGAAAAUACAGAAAAAACGUAAUAAUGGAAGAACUAAUAGCUAAAUUCCUGCCAGAAGAACUCAGGGAACGAAGAAGGCUUUAUGAAGAGGAAAUGGAAGAACUGUCUAACUUAAACAAGAAUGUGCCUAUUUUUGUGUGUACCAUUGCCUAUCCCACUGUUCCUUGUCCCUUGCACAUCUUUGAGCCUUGUUACCGCCUGAUGAUUCGGAGAUGUAUUGAGACAGGCACGAAACAGUUUGGCAUGUGCCUUGGAGACCCUGUCAAAGGGUUUGCAGAAUAUGGGUGCAUCUUAGAGAUCAGAAAUGUCCAAUUCUUUGCUGAUGGCCGAUCGGUGGUUGACAGUGUAGGCAAGAGGCGCUUCAAGGUGCUCCAUCAGGGUCAGCGGGAUGGCUACAACACAGCUGAUAUUGAAUACAUCGAAGAUCAAAAGGUUCAGGGAGAAGAUUGUGCUGAACUCAUGGGAUUACAUAACUGUGUGUAUGAACAAGCAUCAUCAUGGUUUCAUUCACUCAAAACAUCUCUGAAGAAUCGGAUACUAAAUCAUUUUGGUCCCAUGCCACAGAAGGAUGAAGAUCCCCAGGUUAAUCCAAAUGGUCCAGCUUGGUGCUGGUGGACAUUAGCGGUUCUUCCCCUGGAAAGCAGAGCUCAGCUUCCCUUCCUAGCAAUGAGGUCCUUGAAGGAUAGACUGAACGGUAUUCGUCGAAUUCUGGCCUUUAUAACCAGAAACCAAAAUUAAUGGGAGUGGAUUGCAGAAGAGGAGUUUCCGCCCUCCCC